GAAUGGAGGGGUCAUCUAAAAUUUUUCCUAUAAAAUCUUGCAUCACCCUAGCGGCAGGCGAUUUCCCGCGCAAUUUUUGGGGCCAUGGUGGCGGCAGAGACGGCCCUAGCGAUCCUCCGCACCCGGCUGUCUAACCCUACCUUUGCUCAUUCCCACCUCAAAUCCUCUUCAGAAAGCAACUACAGCAAGUUGAAGUUCAUCGUCUCCAGUUCCAUCGCCGAAGCCUGCAACAACUCCGUCCUCCUCCUCGGCCCCCGCGGAUCUGGAAAAGUUGCGGUAGCGGAGUUGGUUCUCGAGGAUUUGAAGGCGGAACACGCCGAUGAGAUCUCCGUGAUCAGAUUGAAUGGGCUGCUGCAUAGUGAUGACAACUGUGCUCUCAAGGAAAUUGCUCGGCAAUUAUGCUUGGAACACAGAUUAUUGUUCUCAAAAAUGGCUUCAUCUGAUGACAACUCUCAAUUCAUGAUUGACAUGCUGCGGGAGUGUGGUUUGGCCCACAAGACAACAAUUUUUGUUUUAGAUGAGUUUGACCUCUUCACUCAGGGGAAGCAGCGAUUGCUUUACAGCUUACUAGAUGCAUUGCAAACUUUGACAUCACAGGCUGUAGUCAUUGGUAUGAGUUGUCGCUUGGAUGCAGACCAGCUCUUAGAGAAAAGAGUUAGAUCUCGGUUCUCUAACAGGAAGCUUCUCUUUAUUCCCCCCUCAGCAGAUGAAAUGCAAAGGUUGAUCGAGCACUUGCUCUAUUUACCAAAAGAUUCGGGUCUUCCUACAAAAUUUGUCACAGAGUUCAACUCAAGGCUUUCUAAUAUAAUUAGUGAUAAAAAGUUCAAAGAAAUUGUCAACUCGAUCUCAGCUGUGGAUGGAACAAUCAGUAACCUUUUAACUUUUCUAUUCAGGGCUGUUUCCUACAUGGAUGUGGAGUCUGGAUUCUUAAUGAUGGAAAACUUCAAGAGUGCAGAAUUGUGUAUGCAAAAGCAGCCCAAGAUUGACUGCCUACAAGCAGGUGCUUCUGUUUUGGAUCUCUAUAUUUUGGUAUGCAUGAACAGGUUAGAAAUUAAGGAGCGAAACUCAUACAAUUUUACAUCCAUAAUGAAAGAAUAUAAAGCCAUACAUGACGCGUACAAGACAUCGGAUAAUUAUGCAUUUACAGUUUGUUUACGGGCUUUUGAACAUCUCUUGGAUCAGGAGUUGAUAGGCUUUGUUGAUAGUAAAGGGCAUAAUCAAUCUAUUGAUUUUCGUCCUGUGAGACUUUUGAUUUCUUCUCGUGAACUCUACGAAGGCUUGAAAUCAAAUCCUCUCAGCCCAGCUAUUCUUCUCAAGUUAUUUGACCAUGAGAGCUACAAAUAGGAGAGCUAAGAAAUUCCUUACACCAUGAUGUCCGAAUGUUUGUAGGAUACAUCUAGAGCUGUGUAAUUUGUCCAAGUUAUUUAUUUAUUUAUUUGGAUUUAAUUUUUUGCUGUGAUAGCAAUGCUCAUGCAGACGAUUUGAUUUGACUGUUGAAACAAAAUUGAUAAUCACAUGUGAACAUGAAACAUUACUGCAUGGCCUAGCAAUUCAUGGAAGUGAUAUUAUGUCGAUCUGAAGAUGAUGAGAGCUCGACUCUGAAAUGCUCCAAAAGUACAGGGCCUUUGUGCUUCCACUAUAUUUUCAAUGAUGAGACACUUGAAUUGAUGGUUAGCUUUAUUAAAUAUGAUCUAUACAAUUGGCAGUAUUUAGAAAUCAUAUUUCAAGAUUUUUUGCCAUUAGUUAUCCUCUGAACGAUUAGUCUCAAAAUGAAAGACCAAAAAUAAAAAUCUCAUCAGAAACAAUCUCAUAUUGAGCUGCCGAUCUUGUUUUAAGUAGUGAAAAUAAUUUAAUAUCAAAAUUUCACCUAAUUGGAGUUUUUCUACGUUAUUGCAAUUACUACUGUGGCACACGGGGCAUUAUAUUUGUUUAUUAUGUGCCAGUUUGAUUAGUAAGCAAAUGAUAUUGAAAAUUGUGAGAUUUCGGUAUCUAGAUAUUUCAAAUUGUAUUAGAUCAUAUUUAAUAAAAUCGAUCAUCGAAUCAGAUGUUCUAUUAUCGAAAACAAGGUGGAAUAAUUAAGAUCUUUUGGCUUCUGGAAGCAUUCUAGCUCGACUCAAUCUAUACAUUCUCUUUUGUAUGUGUACAUUUAUAACGAGAUGAAUGAAGAGGUGCCAAUUUUGGGUAGACU